GCACGGGCGCGGGGCGCUGAUUCGGCCGGAGCUGCCAGCAGGGUGGCUGCCGCCGCUGGUUGUUGCCGCGGCUGGAGCAGCCGCAGCCUCAGUUCCCUCGUAUCCCUCUCGGACCUUCGACCUUCGGACCCUAGCAAGCAUCAGAGAGGGGAGGCAGGAUGAAUGUGGGUACAGCGCACAGUGAGGUGAACCCCAACACACGGGUGAUGAACAGCCGCGGCAUCUGGCUCUCCUAUGUGCUGGCCAUCGGGCUCCUCCAUGUCGUACUGCUCAGCAUCCCCUUCGUGAGUGUCCCUGUCGUCUGGACCCUCACCAACCUCAUCCACAACAUGGGCAUGUACAUCUUCCUGCACACAGUGAAAGGCACACCCUUCGAGACCCCGGACCAGGGUAAAGCAAGAUUAUUAACCCACUGGGAGCAGAUGGAUUACGGGGUCCAGUUCACCGCCUCUCGAAAGUUUUUGACCAUCACACCCAUUGUGCUGUACUUCCUCACCAGCUUCUACACCAAGUACGACCACAUCCAUUUCAUCCUCAACACGGUGUCCUUGAUGAGCGUGCUCAUCCCCAAGCUGCCCCAGCUCCACGGAGUCCGGAUUUUUGGAAUCAAUAAGUACUGAGGGUGCAGCCCCUUCCCCAGCCGGCGAUGGCAGGGGAGGGGUGGAAAGCCUUUGCUGUGAUGCUGAAGACAGGAGCCUCCGGACGCUACCGGAGAUGGGGUCAUGCCCUGGCCUGGCUCCCUGCAUCCCCAGUAGCCGACUUGGAGUAGCUUGUAGUGGGGUUGGGGGUGGGCCCCUGGGCUCAAACCCAUGCAGAUUUUUUUGACCUUUUCCUUUUUGCCUUUUGAGUAGAGACUCCAUGGGGUGGUUGUGGAAGGGGCUGGGCUCCCAAGUAGUGUGGACUUGUGAGGUUGGGACAGGCCAGGGACAGACCCCUGCUCACUGUUUACCCUCAGGUGGCAAAGCACUUUAACCUCGGUAUGGGAGUAGAGGGACGGUACAGCUUCAGUUCUUUGGUCUGUGGAGGGACGCUCUGUGUUUUGUACAUAACAAAGCGAGUGUGUGAUGACACCUCACCCCUCUGGGCAGAGUUGUCUGAUCCAAGGCUCAGUCUUGGUGACUCCCCUGCAGCCCACCCUGGGGAUAGGUUGGGAGUGGGGAGGGUGAGGAGAGAGAAAGUGGGGUGGGUGGGCAUAGGCUCUGCC